UCUCUGUCAAUACCAAAGGAAACGUGUAGCAGGAGUAUGGAGAGUAUGGACACUGAUUUUAUGGUGUAAAGGAUUAAGACGGCUAUAGUCCUUGUCGAAACGCCGAGGAACGCUGUUAAAAAAACACAAACAAACUGCUUCAUACUUCCUGUCCUCUUUCGGCAUUUCAUUUUCGGCAUUUCAUUUCCGGCAUUUCUAUCUGUCUUGUCAUCAUCUGGGUCAUCUGGGUCCAUCUGAUAUCAUGUGCCAUCCUUCAGGCAAUAUAACGAUCAGUUGAUCGUAAGCCUAUGAGGUAGCCUUUUCCGUCUCCUCUGAGGCCACCCUUCUCUUCGUCGUUUACAAAAGAAUUAGUUUCCUUCAUUGCACUUGUGGGUUGGCUUCUAGAUCUGGAACGUGUCAAAAGGCUGGAACUGGGAGGCAUUCCAAGCCACACAACUCGUGACUAUCAAGAUCCCUACCCUUUGUGUUUCGGCCAUGUACGCUGGUCGAUAAGAACGCUGUAAUUUUUGGUGGCCAACUGACGACAUUGGAAAUCUCUGUGUGACGACUCACUUCUGACUUGCAUCUGACUCGCAUGAGGUCAAACUUCCAUUAUAUAUUGUAUGAAAAGGAAAGAACUGGAUGUGGAACAGCUAUUAGAAAACAUUAACCGCGUUUAUUAAGCCUGACCAUGGCAGCCCGCACUCGUCAAGGAACUCUGUAGUUUUGCUUUAUAUGCAAUGCUUUAAAUGCGUGACCAGAAAAUCUCAUACGACUGCAUGAUUAGCUAGUUUAACUUCAAUCAAGUCAUUUGGAGCGAAACUGCAACAGAGAAACUCACACCAGCGAGCUACAAAGUUGGAGCGAUUUGGAGUUACCAGUAGAUACGACAUAAUUUUUUGAAUAUUUAUGCUCUAAAUGUAUCCUUGUUGACAAAGGAAGCAAUCACUGAGAGGAAAAUUAUCCACCUGAGUGACUAGAGGCCAAAGUUCAUCGAUGUAUUUCAAUUCUAGUUGAAUGUUAUGAACACGUGACUGAUGCAGACUUGCCCAUCCGGUAUUGCUCUAGCGGAGGGCUGAAAGGAAGAGUAAUAUUUUAAUCAGUUUCGGUAUUCUUGUCUUGGAGAUUCUAUGAACUGCUUUGACAAUGGUUCUCUCUUGUUGCCGGUUGAUCAGUUUACUCGUUGCAUUUAACUUGAUUGGGACUGAACACGCAGAAACAAACCUAGAUAGUUUGUGUCUUCGUGAAGAAUUGAAAUCGAGUACUUUAAGAGCAGCGACUUUGUCAACUGACACAGUCUGCUGUCGACGAUGCAGGUCGAUCAUACAAGACCAGGAGAAUCGAGGGAAUAUUGCAUUUAAAAAGUGUAUCCAGCAUUGCAAGCAGCAAAGGGAUAUAAAAGAUAAUGAGGUCCUUGCACGAUCUAAAGGAAGAGAACGACGUUCUUCCCUGCAAUAUGAAACGUGUCGCGGUCUGAAGGAUCCUACAGCUCCUUCUCCUUGUUUGCCAGAGAAGAUGAAGGUUGAAUUCCGCACAAUUUCGUCAGAUACUUAUGGUUACAACAUCAUUUGGGAGCCUAUAUCGGAAUUUCUUUUUGAAGUCCACAACAGGACGUGGACUCAUUACUCGCUUAUGUACGAAUUUGAGAACGAUCCAUCGCCUGAUAGAAAAGUGAAUUGUCUGCUCGUACCAAAGAAUAACACCAACUAUACCCUGAUAUAUCAUUCUGCAAACUUUAAACCAGAUGCUCUCCGUUAUGCGGUUGUUUCCUAUCCAUUCAGAAGCACAUUCUCGGGAGAAAGCGCAAUCAAUUUGUCAGAGUUUGAUCCUCUAAGACCAACAUUCAUCCCAACGUUCGAUCCCAUAUUUCCCACAGAAGGAACUGAGAAGUCUUCAGCCUUGGCAUGGCCUAUCAUAGGGGGGGCCUUCGCAGGCCUGGUACUUAUUUUUGCAAUGAUGUGGGCCUUUAUGUGGCGAAAGAAAACAUUGCGACCGUUCUAUCGUCGAGAUUCUCAACUGCAAGAAAUUAAUCCCAAAACAGACAUCAAUGGAGAUCUUCAUCUGCCUGAAGUUUAUACCAGAGAAAACAUCAGCAGAGAUCCCCAACUGCAGGAAGUUAUUACCAAGGCAAACAUAGCUAGAGAUCCGCAGCUGUCAGAAGUUAUUACCAAGACAAACAACACUGGAGAACUGUACUACAGUUGUUACUACCCAGAGAAUGAGAGUUUUCGUACCCAAGUGGCCUCAAUUGUAAACUCCUUCCGGAAACAAGGAUACAACGUCAUAAUGGACGCCAUGGUAACAAACGAAAUUAGCUCCCAGGGCCCACCGCGAUGGGCAGAAAAUCAGAUUAAGAGAGCCAAGAAAGUGCUAGUUUUCUUAUCUCCUGGUCUUUUGGAACUAGCUUCAAGUGAUGGACGUGAGAUAGAAAAUUCGCAGGAUAUCAACCGUGUGUGGAUUGAGUUGGAGGUUCUUCGAGAUAUUUACUCUCAAAACCGCUCAGCUUCAAAAAUGGUGUGCAUUGCUCUCCCAGAUAUGCCAGUCUCGUCUAAAGACUCUCCUGUCUGGCUGAAAGUGAGCUACAGGUGGCCAGUGGAAUUCACCGAGAUCCUGAAGCGAUUAAACGACAGGCCAUCGAUCAAACCAGCGUAAAUUAUGUGUUGAGUUGCUAUACAAACGUUACGACAGCCUUGUUUUUAAACAUUUGUCCAGAGCCAGUUACAAUCGGAUAAAGAACGGCUGUGUCCGGAGGAUCUUGAUCUUCCCGAUCAUCUAGGUUUUAAGUGAUCAUCUGGGUGGUGUUUCCUUGAGAUCCCUUAGAUCUUUUGAAUUUUUUUCCCUAUAAGGUUGUAACGAUCCGGUUAGGUAUCUAGAAACUCCACGCUUUAAUUAAUCGCUUCUGCUUUCUUAUGUAGGGUACGCAAAUAGUUAUUUGUAGGAGAAGGUAUAUUUCUGAGAAUUGUUCGUGCAUUGGUUUACACAAGUUUAUGUCAAAAUCGAUGUUUGGAAGGGAGAGGCUACAUUGCGAGUAAAAGUAUUAACGGCAAUAAUCUCGUAGUGAAACUAAUCAUUUUAUGUAAAUUAAUUCAUAUUUCAUUUAUAGUCUUCGAAAAAAUUUUUUUUAUCCAAACGGAACUUAAAUCCUAAUAUUAAAAUGACGAAGGGUCAAUGUCAACAAGAAAGAAGCGGUUUACGAGUUUCUUUGAGAAAACCUGAACUUUAUAUUUAUACAUAAUUUUUCAAUCUUGUGACACUAUCUAAGAAAUAAUUUCCAUAUGUCCUCGAUGAUAAGGAUAUAAACGUAAAUCGUUGAUCGCUAAUUUAUUUCUUAUUUAAUUGAUGGUCACAAUUUCUAUUUUUGUUAGACGAACGAGGGUUGAGUACAUUGAGACUUUCUAUGAUGGUUUAGGAUGAAGGAGUUGCUCAAUCAACGUCAUUUUACACUAUUGAAUUGUU